CAAUAGUUUCCUUUUGGCAGUCUAAUGAUAUAGUGAUAAAUCACUAAUUAUGACAUGAUAUUAUCCUAGAUACAUUUCAUUGACAAACAUAUUUAAUUGUUGUACCCUAGGCACUUAUAGGCCCUGACUUCAAAACAUCAGAAAUGCCAGCUUUCAAACAUUUGCUGGUGUUUGCAGCACUCCUUUUCCUCUUGGGAUUGGCCCAAUGUCAGAAGUUGCCCAGUUUUGAUCUUCUGGAUGAGUUUCGUGUGCCUGAGUCUAGCGGUGUGAAGAGAGUGGAAGGAUCUCAACCUGAAGCAGUGGCCUAUCGUGUCAACCCCUCCAUCCAUCUACGGAGGGCCAUGAGUGAUGUGUAUCCAGAUGGACUCCCCUCUGAAUACUCCAUCAUUGCAACAUUUAAGGUGACUAAGGACACAAUCCAGACACCCUGGAACCUGUGGCAGGUCAGUGACCCAGAGGGACGAGAGCAGGUUGGUCUUCGUUUCCAUGGAGAUGCAGGGUCUUUAGAUUUUUUCUACACCAGCCCCCAUGGGAGCCAGAUGCUGAGGACCUUUCAUGGUGUGGAGAAAUUGUUUGAUGGAGGGUGGCACAAGUUGGCGCUGAGCGUGAAGGGCAGCCAGGUGAAGCUGCUGAUAGACUGUGAAGAGGUCAGAGUGGAGUCUAUUGAUGAGCCCAGGCCAGUCAUUCGGCAAGGAUACACUUCCAUCGUCAAGCGAGCUGUAGGAGACCGUUCAGUGCCUGUGGACCUCCAGCAGAUGGAAAUGUCAUGUGACCCAGAGCAGGCUUAUUCAGAGGGCUGCUGUGAACUCUCCAGUGUGUGUGGAGGGUAUGCAGAGAUUGGCCUAACAGCUGGAAGAGCAUCUUGCAAAUGUGUGCAUGGACAACCUGGCAUUCAGGGUCCCCCAGGGUCAAAGGGUCACAGGGGUCUUCCAGGAAAAACCGGAGACCCAGGAAGACAAGGCAACUGGGGAAUCCGUGGAAACACAGGAGACUAUGGCAACAUUGGUGAAAGUGGCCCAAAGGGAGAAGAAGGAAUCAAAGGCGAAAAAGGGAUGCAAGGACCCUGGGGCCAAGUGGGAGACAGAGGUCCUAAAGGGCUAAAAGGACUAAAAGGGGCAGCAGGCUUCAAGGGAGUACGUGGAUCGCCUGGAGAUAUUGGAGAGACCGGAAAACAAGGAGAAAUUGGUGCUAAAGGUCUUAAAGGAUAUGGUGGGAUUCCUGGGUUUCAAGGAGUUAAGGGCCAAAAAGGAAAUACUGGCGCAGCAGGGCGGCUGGGACCCAGAGGAAAGCAGGGUAUUGUUGGGGAUCCUGGAGAAAGGGGAACUCCUGGAGAGAAGGGGCGGCCUGGUAUCCAAGGAUCUGUGGGCAGACCUGGCACCACUGGACCAAAAGGUAUUAUCGGAGAUCCUGGUUUACCUGGGAGAGAUGGUGAUCCUGGAAUAGAGGCGUAUCAAGGACCACAAGGCCUCAGUGGAAAACUUGGACGUAUUGGAGCAAAGGGGGAGAAAGGCACCCUGGGACCUGCAGGAGAAAUGGGCCCUCAAGGCAAAACCGGCCUCAGAGGUUACAAGGGUUCUGCAGGGAAGCCAGGAAGACCUGGAUUUAUUGGCCCACCUGGACCUACUGGUCACGUGGGUGAGUCUGGAAAACCUGGGUCCAAGGGUGACACAGGAAUCCAGGGGAUCAAAGGAGUAAAAGGCGUACAGGGAGAAAAGGGAGUUAAAGGUCCAAAAGGAAGGGUUGGAGACAGGGGUGAACAGGGUCUUCAGGGAGGACGGGGGAAGCGUGGCCCUGCAGGCCCACCUGGUCGAUCAGGUUCACUUGGAAUCAAAGGUGUUCGAGGUGAGGGUGGACCAGAUGGCUUUCAAGGGCUCCCUGGCCCACCAGGCCCAACUCUCCCUGCUGAACAUGUGAUUGAAGUCUGUAAGAAAGUGGUCUUGGAGCAGAUGUCAACCUUUGCCAAGUCAGUAAAGAGGACGUGUGCUGCAGUUUGUCCUCUCUAUGGUGAUGUUCCCAUGGGUGCUCCUGGUCCCCCUGGGCAGAAAGGACCACCGGGACCUCCUGGCGACCUUGGUAAUGAUGGUACUGAUGGAGAAAUGGGCCCACCGGGAUUCUACGGAGAACCUGGAGAGCUGGGUCAACAAGGAGAAAGAGGUGACAGGGGAGAGCGAGGUGAUAAAGGAGCCAAGGGUUAUGGCCUCCCUGGCUACACUGGAGAUCAAGGACCACAGGGUCAGCUUGGACGUCUUGGCAGAGCCUUUAACGGCCAGCCUGGGAAGCAGGGUGAGAGGGGACAUGUUGGGCGGCCUGGACUCAGGGGUCACCCAGGUCUUAGAGGACCUCCAGGUGUAUGUGUCACCUCUGGAUGUGCACAGCUGGAUUCCACCAGUGGGACACCACAACCAGCACCACGGAGAAUGAGGAAUCGCUCUUAAAGAGAAGAAAGAGGCAAUGUGAAUAAAGAAUUUUAUACUAGGCUUAAAAGAGUAAAGGACUGUUUUUGUUGAUAUGCAUUUGUUCAAAUGAACUGCAAUUUACAUGUAAAUAUGCAAAAUAAUCAGAACUGUAGUCUCGCUAACAAAAGUUAGCAAAAAUAACAAAACAAUUGUGUGAUUUGAGG